CAACCCCAUUGGUCGAUGGGAAAGAUGAAAGGGGAAGGGGACGUGGUCAGAACGCCGCGAGCCGGGAAGAACCAGUGGAGCAAUAAUAAGAGCUGCGCGCGCAGCCCCUGUCUCCGCCCACCUCGGCGGGGAGGGGCGGGGCCCGCUCUCAGGGUGCGCGCGCAGCUAGCUGUGGACCGGUUGUUCAUGGUCUCCAUUACGGGGUUCCGAAUACCUGGCGGACCCUAGAGGCCACUUUCCGUCCCCGCCCUGGACCCUUCUGCGCUGCAGACACCCCCGAGACGGGGGCCCUGGACCCCAGGGCUCAAGAGGACUCAACCAGGACUUUCCAAAAGUUGCCGUGGGGCCUUCCGAUCCCCUCGGCCAUCUCCCAAGUCUGGCCAGGCUGAUGGGGCCAGCGAGGAUUCUCUGCAACUUGACAUUCAGAAGCUGAAGGAGAAGAGGGACAUGCUAGACAAGGAGAUCUCCCAACUAACAUCUGAAGGCUACAGUGUGGAUGAACUGGAGGACCACAUCUCCCAGCUCCACGAGUAUAAUGACAUCAAGGACGUAGGCCAGAUGCUGCUGGGCAAACUGGCCGUGAUCCGAGGUGUCACCACCAAAGAGUUGUAUCCAGAAUUUGGCCUGGACGUGAAUGACUGAGCAGAGGCUCACAGCCCCUUGUCCAUGGCCCACAGCUCCAAGUUUCCUGAAAUGUCCCGGUGAUACCUGUGUAUGUGUAUGUGUAAAUAAACAUGAGUGAUUACUUCUC